AGAAUUACGAAUUUAAAUAAGCAUGCGAACAGUAGAUUUGUUUAUCCGCAUGUAUUAACAAAUGUGGUAAUUGUUCCCCCUCUUUCUGAUAGUACCGCUAAUCUGAAAGAUAAAGACUAUGAAUGCAGACAUUAUAGAAAAACCUGUGGGGUUAUAUGUACAUUUCUAUCUUUGUGGGAGUGUGAAAGCUUACUUUCUGAGAUGUAUACUGUGUAUAUUGAAAGCUGUUUAGCAAGUCCAUUAUCAGGUUGCAUUACACUUGAAGUAAGUCCAAGGGAAACCAUAAAAGAAGUAGUUAGCAACUUUCUAGAUACAGUACAAAAAGAGAAGGGUGAAUCAGGCCUGGCUGUUUUUGACAAAUAUCAUAACAAACUUCUGUGGAAUGCUACUGUAGAAUCUCAAGGAAUUGAAGCAGGAUCCAAAUUAUAUAUCCGUUAUGACAGAAGUUUUCAUUUCCGUCCAGUCUACAUUCUUGUUAUUGCCAUAUGUAUAAUAAUUAUUGCUUGUGUGCUCUUCAUUUCUACUGCAGUGCUGUUUGGUGCAACUGGCCAUAUGGUGCCAUUUGAUUAUGGUAUUGUUAUUGAUGCUGGAUCUUCACAUAGUGAAGUGUUUCUGUACCAGUGGGCUGGUAAUAAAGAUGACGGCACAGGAGAUGUUCAUGAGCGGGAUUAUUGCACAUAUGAUG